AUGGCGCGGCUGCACUGGCUCGAGGCCGUCCUUCCGCUGGGAAUCAUCGGCGGCAUGCUGUGCAUCAUGGGCAACGCCCAGUAUUUCAUCCACAAGGCCGCGCACGGCAGGCCGAAGCACAUCGGGAACGAUAUGUGGGACGUCGCCAUGGAGCGCCGCGACAAGAAGCUCAUGGAGCAGUCCUCCGGCAACUAG